UCCUCUCCUCUCCUCCCUCGCCCGCCACCUCGCCUCCCUCCCCGACCUCGCGCCGACGCGCGCCUACCUCACCUGCCUCUGCCACCACCCCCUCCGCCCCUCCCCGCUUCCCUUCGUCGCCCCUCUCCUCUCCUCUAUCUUCCUCAGUCGCCGCCCCAGGGAGCCGGCAGUGCUACGCCCACUGGUGCCGAGGCCGACGUGGAACAUUACGAGUGCCAAGCUCGCGAGCUUAAGGCCGGCCUCCAUCGCUCGAAGGUUCAUUUUCAGAUUUCUUGGUUUAGGAGGUUGUUAUAUUUGUGAACUAGCUUAGGUGGAAAGUGGUGAUAUUAAUUGGGGAAAUAAAGUUGCAGAAGGGAUGGACUCGGGCUCUAAGAGUGAGGAAAUUGCUAGCUACAACAAUAGCAGUGCCAAGAAGUCCAGACUGCAGUCCAUGCUUUCUGCUCUCCUUGAUGAUCCAAUAUUGUCUGAUGUUCCUAAGAAGCCGUCGCUUGCAGAUGUUGACACUCUGCUCAACUUGGAGUUAGGAAGUGCAAUGAAAAUAACCAUUGUUAAAAUGGACAGUACCUCAUUUGAUGUUGCUGUCUUGAACUCUGCUACAGUGAAGGAUUUGAAAUUGGCCAUUGGGAAGAAAAUAAAUGAGAUUGAGCAAGCACGAAUGGGACAUCGCCAUAUUUCAUGGAGGCAUAUUUGGGCUAACUAUUGUCUGACUCAUCAUAAUGAUAAGUUGAUUGAUGACAAUUCCUUACUAUCUGAACAUGGCAUUCAGAACAAUUCCAAGGUCCACUUUUUGCCGUUCAUCACGUCGAGGAUAUAUCAGAAACACUCGAGGAGGAGGAAACACCGCUUCUUUCAUGGUCUUAGCAAACGUUCAUGAGCGUGGUCUUUGCUAUUUUGUCCUUUCAGAUUUGUAGCUCAAAGUACUUUGUUGUUGAGAAUGAAAGUAUAGAAAAAUUUCUUAUAGCGAGUAUUGUAGGCAUGAUAUUAUUCACCUAUAUCUCUCUCCUCCUUUUAUGUAAGCAUUCCAUAUCAUACGCACGCUUAUUUCCUUCUUAAUAUAACAUCACAAAUGCGCUGAGAGUUUAAA